AUGAAAAAUUUAAAGUUGUAUCGUUGUAAAAUAUUGACAGACAUUUAUGUCCAGAAUAAAGAACUUGAAGAAUAUUUGAAUAUACUAUAUUAUUUAGAUCAUUCAAAUAAAGAUUUUAUAGAUAAUUUAAAAAUUUUUAUUUUUGAUGAAUUUUAUAAUAUUGAAGAUGAUAAUGAAAAAGAAGGAAAAGAUAUAAAUCCAAAUGAUAAUUGUAUAAAUGAUAAAGAGGUUCAAAUAAAUAGUACAUCUGAAGAAAAGAAAUUGUUAAAUAAUAAAAUUUUACAAUAUAGGAAAUCUUUUGAAAAUAAAAUGAUUUAUAAUAAAGUAAAUAAUGAGAUGAAAUAUUAUGAAAUAUUUAUUUUCUAUAAUAAUAAAUUCUAUGAGGAUAUAAUAUAUAAUUCUAUAGGUCUGGAAAUAUACGAAUGUCCAUGUAAUAUAAAUAAUAUGGAGCAUUCAAAAGAAAUAUUAAUAUUAUCAUCACAUGAUGAUUAUAAAAAUGUACAAGAUGUAAAAACGGUACAUAAUGAAAAAUUUAUAGAUAAUAAAAAAUUUAUAGAUAAUGAAAAAUUUAUAGAUGAUGAAAAAUUUAUAGAUAAUGAAAAAUUUAUGGAUGAUGAAAAAUUUAUGGAUGAUGAAAAAUUUAUAGCUAAUGAAAAAUUUAUAGAUGAUGAAAAAUUUAUAGAUGAUGAAAAAUUUAUAGAUGAUGAAAAAUUUAUAGAUGAUGAAAAAUAUAUGAAUAAUAUGAAUGCAUAUUGUCCUUAUAAUAACAAAACAGAAAAUAAAAAAAUAAAGAAAAUAUUAUCCUCUAUACAAAUAAAUGAUAUAAAUAAUUUUUCAGGUACCUUGUUAAAGUUUCCAAUGAAAAUCAAUAUUGAAAAAAAACAUAUGUGUGAUAAAAUAAUAAUGGCAACAAUUGAUUGUAUGUUAUUUAUGGAUAAUAUAAAAAAUAUUGAUAUUGAAAUGAAUGAUUCAUGUAUAUAUAAUUUUGAGAAAUCGAAAAAGUUAAUAAAUAUAUCAUCAUCAUAUUCAGAGGAAGAAAAUAUAGACAUAUGUAAAGAAAUUAGUUAUACAUCAGUUGAAUAUACACAUGAAGGGUUAAGCACAGAAUAUAUAUUAUAUAAUAAAAGUUUAAAUAAUGACAAUAAUAAGAAUGAUAAUGAUUUUUCUAAGAAUGACGAAAUAAUAUUUAUCUAUACAACAUCAGAUAUGUAUGAAAUACAAAAGUAUUAUGAUAAGAAAAAACAGCACAUAGAAUUUAUUAAUCUUUUUAAUAAUAAUAUAUUUUUUAUAAAAUGUAUAGAUACUCUUCCUAUAUAUAUAAAAUGUUAUGAUAGCAAUAUAAUAGAUAAGAUAAAAACUAAUUUAUUUUCAUUAAAUAAUAUAUCAGAAUUACUAUGUAAUGCAUAUAUAGUAUUUCUGCUGUUAUUACGUGAGUUAAAUAAAUUUAACAAUGUAUAUGAUUAUUCUUCUUAUUUUCCUCAAUUAUAUAUAUUACAGCCUUCAAAAUUUGACAAAAUAUCAUUUUUAUUAUAUGACAAAUUAUUUGAUGAGGAAAAAAGAUUAAAAUUAUUUUUAAAUAAGUACAAUAUGCAAUGGUUACAUUUUAAUGAAUGUCUAUUUAUAUCGAGUCAGUUACAAUGUUUAUUUGAUGACAGUACAUUAUAUGAAAUUAUGAAAUAUUCCCAAGUAAAAAAUAUUUUCUAUUUUGAUGAUAAAUUGAAACAUGCCUUAUAUUAUUACUUGAAUGAGUUAUUUGAACAAAAAAAAAAUUAUAAUCUUAUUAUAAAAAUAGUGAGGAAGAGCUUGAGAUACAUUGAUGACAUUCCUGAUAAAUUUGUGAGUAUGUGUAAAAAUGAUAAUCAAGAGGAAAAAUUAAAAUAUAAUAUUGGUAAAAAAGGUACAAGUAAUAAUAAUAAUAAUAAUAAUAAUAAUGGUCACAAUAAUAAUAAUAAUAAUAGUAGUAGUAAUAGUAGUUUAGUUGGCACUAGUAAUAACAAUGAUAUUUGUAUAUAUGGUGCAUUUCGUAAAAAUGAGAACAGAUUUUUUUUUGAUAUAAUUAUAGACAAUUUAAAAUAUAUGAAAUAUGAAAAAUGUAUAAAUAUAUUAUCUUAUAUGUUACAAUUGAACGAUGAAAGUAUUGAUAAUUGUCUAAGGAAUUAUUACUGUUUUCCAAAUGAAAUGAAAAAAUUAAAAAAAAUUGGUGAAUUGAUUUAUCCUAUGGAUGAAGUUUAUUACUGUAAAUAUAAUCAAGAGAAGUAUCCUAUAAAUAAUGAAGAAUAUAAAAUGAAUGAUAAUUUCCAAUAUGAAAGAAAACAAAUGAGUGAUUAUAUUGAUAAGGAAAAUUUAAUAUCAAUAGAUUUUAUGAAUCUUAUAGGUAAAAAAAACUUAAAUAAAUUAAAAGUUUUCGGUUUAAAAAUUAUUGAAGAAGAUUAUAAAUUUAACGAUAAUAUAAAUGAUAUAUUAUUUGAUUUGAAAAAAUUAUAUUCUAGUACAAAUAUAUAUCAAAAUAAAUUGAAAAUAUUAAAUAAAAUUAUAUCACGAAUUGAAAAAAAUAUACAUUAUUUGAAAGAUUCCCAUCAUAUAUUAGAAAAAUUAAAGAAUACAUUUUUUUUACCUGUGUAUAAAAAUAAAACAUUGAAUAUAGAUAAUCAAGUAAAUAUGAAGACAAUAAAAAAUAAUGUAACCAAUCUGACAGGAUCUGAAAAGGGUUUGUGUGAUGAUAAAAUGAUAAUAAAAAUAGAUGAUUAUCAUAUGAUACAAGAUGAUAUAACAAAUGAUCAUAUGGGAAAUGAUGAUAUAACAAAUGAUGAUAUAACAAAUGAUAAUAUAACAAAUGAUAAUAUAACACAUGGUGAUAUAAAAAAUAAUGAUUUGGUAAAUGUUAAUACAGUAAAUGAUGAUGUAACAAAUGAUGAUGUAACAAAUGAUGAUAUAACAAAUGAUGAUAUAAAAAAUGAUGAUAUAAAAAAUGAUGAUAUAAAAAAUGAUGAUAUAAAAAAUGAUGAUAUAAAAAAUAAUGAUUUAACACAUAAUAAUAUAUUAAACAAUGAUACUACUAAUUAUAAUUUUAAUAAUUAUAUGUAUGAGGAUUGUGAAUAUAAUUGCUCCUAUAAUAAUAAUUAUUCUGAAAAAAUAUGUACUGAUAUUUAUAAUAGUACACCAAAUUUUUUAAUAACGAAUAAUAAUCUAAAAAAUCUUGUACACAUCUCACCAACCUUUAGUAAUAAAUCUAUAAUAAAUAAUAAUAGUAAUAAUAAUAUAAGAAAUUGUUAUAUUCCAUCGUCUUCCUUAUUAAAUAAUAAAAAUAAAAAUAAUGGUUACAAUAAUUUUGUUAAAAUUGCUGAUUCGUAUGAUAUGAAAUAUUAUAAUUUAUUAUUUUUAAUAAAAAAAUGUUAUAGCACAGAAAAUAUAGUUAUGUCUUCAGAACUGUGCGAGCUUUUAGAUAUAUAUAGAAAACCAUCAAUAAAAGAUAUAUUAUCUCAUAUGAAUUUAUUAAUACGAAACUUUAAAAAUAAUUAUAUGCAAAAUAUGUUUAAGGUAUAUGAUUAUAUAUACGAAUAUUUUGAAAAUUAUAUUUUAGAAAAUAAAUUAAAUAGGAACAUUUCAACCAUUUUAAAAAAUAAAAAAGACUCCCCAAAGAAUAAUAUUAAUAGUAAUAAUAUUAAUGGUAAUAAUAUUAAUGGUAAUAAUAUUAAUGGUAAUAAUAUUAAUAGUAAUAAUAUUAAUGGUAAUAAUAUUAAUGGUAAUAAUAUUAAUAGUAGUCAUAUUAAUGGUAAUAAUAUUAAUAGUAGUCAUAUUAAUGGUAAUAAUAUUAAUAGUAAUAGUCCAGCACAAAAUACGAUAUUCUCAAAUUUAUCCAGUGGGGUUUAUAUAGAAGAAUUACAAAUCGAAGAGCAUGAAACAUUUAUACACUUUUUACAAAAUAAUAAUUAUUUAUAUAUUAAAAAUAAACUAUGGAACGCUAAAGAUGUAUAUUAUCAUUUAAAAAAUGUAUCCUUUAAUAUUUUUCUUUGUGAUUUACCUAAAUUAUAUAAAAUGAAAUAUCCAAAUAUGUUGAAAUUAAGUGGUAUACAAACUAAAUUAUAUCAUUCCAAAAUAAUUUCUAUAUUGAAUAAAAUAAAAAAUAAAGUAGAAAUGAAAUAUAAGAAAAUGGUUGAAUGUAAUAAGCUUGAUAAGAAAACUAAUAAAUUAUGUAAGAAACAGUUCAAUAAUUAUUAUCCUAAUUAUAUAACACAUAAUCAAAAUAUAAAUGAAAAAAAAGACCAAGUAUUGUUACAGCUAACUGGCCUAUUAAGAAUGUCAUAUAUGAAUACAAUAAAUUUAAUUGAUUCUUCAAUAUGUGAUAAUAUUAUUGAUACAGAUCAUAUGAACAAAGAUGAAUUAGAAUAUAAUGAAGAAAAUAAUAUUUCUAGUGGAACUAAAAAAGGUAAUUUAAGUACAGAAAAAAAGAAAUUGACAUGCAAAUGUUUUGAUAAUAUAUAUUUACCAAAUAAUAAAUAUAUUUUAAUAAAAAAGCAAGAAUGUAUAUAUAUUAAAAAAGCGACAUCUGACCAUAACAACAAUAAUAACAAUAUAAACAAUAUUAACAAUAUUAACAAUAUUAAUAAUGUACGAAAUGAUAAUAAUAUUGUACAUAAGGAUAUAAAGGAAUGUAUAAUUCAUUUGUUAGAUAUAACAAAAGCUCAAAAAGAAAUUAAACAAAAUGAACAAAAUAAACAAAAUGAACAAAAUGAACAAAAUGAACAAAAUAAACAAAAUGAACAAAAUAAACAAAAUGAACAAAAUAAACAAAAUAAACAAAAUAAACAAAAUGAACAAAAUAAACAAAAUGAACAAAAUGAACAAAAUAUUAACCAUCAACCAAAUACAAAAUACAAUGUUAAUAGUAAUGAUAAUAAUAACAAUAAUAAUAAAAAACAUAUUAAUAAUUUAAAUAAUAAAAAAUGUGCUAAAAUUAUUAAGAACAAAAUUGAAAUUUUUAAAAAGAAUCAAGAAUUAUCUUUUAAAAAAAUCAAUCAAUACAACAUAAAAUCACCAAGAGAAAAGAUUAAAAGUCAAGCAUUAAACAAGGUCAACACAUUGACUUAUAACAUCAAUAAAAAAAAUAAGGAUACAGAUCCUAGUUUAGUACGUUAUAUUGAGAGAAAAAAAGAAACUUCAGAAAUUAAAAAAAAGAAGAUUCUUCUACCUAUAAAGAAAAAUGAAAAACUAAAUUUAUCAUCUUUACAAAGUUGUAAAAAUGGUAUUAUAAAAAAGAAAAAUAGAAUUAAUGAUUAUAAUGAUGAUAUAAAUAAUCAAGCAUGUUCAUUAUCUGAAAAAAGGUUAAGAAAAAAAGUGUAUUCCAUUGAGAAUAUUAGUACUCAUAAAAAGAUCGAAAAACAAAGAAACGAAGUAAACGAAACAAGAUUAUUUAAGGAUAUAAAGAAUUUAAUUUAUUUUCUAGAUGAUAUAGGUUGUUUUGAUAUAAAAUUUAUUUUAGAUAAGAGAAUUUUUAAUAAUACCUAUGAAGAUAUACCAAAAAGGUUUUUAAAAAGAGCAUGUCUACAUUUAUAUAUAAAAUUUAAGAAAGAUAUAUAUACAAACUUGUUAAUUAAUAAAAAUGAAAUGAAUAAAUAUAUGAAUAUAUAUAACUUUUCAAAUAUGAAAACAUAUACAUGUGAUGAAAGUAAUAUAUCAGAAUCUUUAAAAUCUUGUAAUGAUUUAAUUUGUUUAUAUUUAUUCAAACAUUUUUCUUAUAUUUUAGAUUAUUUGUUACUAUUAAAUGGAAAUAAUAUAUCCGAAUGGUAUAGGCUCAAGAAAGAAGAAUGUAAAAACGAUAAUAUAGAAGAAAAGAAUUUUACAUAUAUUCCGAAGGAAAACGAUAUAAAUGAAAAAGAUGAACAAACUAAUAGUCAUCAUUUUACUUCAACUGAGGAGAAUCAAAUAUAUAAACAAGUGGAUAAUAAAAAUACAUCUCAAAUUUUGGAUACUAAGAAACAGGAUUGUGAAGAGAAAUAUGUUAUAUAUAAAAGAAAAAAUGUAUCUUUAAAUGAAAAAGAUAAAAUAUUGAUGAAAAAUAUUUUACUUAAUGAUCGCUUUGAUAAUAUUGGUAAGGUUAGAAAAGCAAAACUUAAUUUAUCUUCUAGAAAAAAUCGAAAUAAUAAUAUAUUUGUUAAGGAAAGGAAUCAAAAUAGGGGGAAAAAAAAGGAAGUAAUAAAAAUGAAAAUAUUGGAUGAUAAUAUUAUAGAAAUGAAUCAGGGUCCAAAUAUAAGGAAUAAUGAAAAAAUGGAUGAAAGUGAAAAUAUUAAUUCAAAUGAUGAACAAAUAAAUGAUAUUUCCAAUUUUAAAAACGAGAAAAAAUAUAUAAAUGAAGAAGAAAAUAAUGAUGAAAAAAUCAUAUGCAUACGUAUGUAUAACAAGAACAAAAUACCUUUAUUAAAAAUUGUAGAAAAGGCAUUUUUGGAGUGUAAAAAAUUUAAUGAGAACUUUCUAAUUUUUUCAAAAAAUAUUAUAAAAAUAGAUUUUAUAAAAAUAUUUGAAAAGGAUGAACGUGCAGAAAUAAUAACCAAUUUAGGAAUUAGUAUGUCUGAGAAUCAUUUUUAUUUAAGACAAAAAUUUUAUAACUCAGUUAAAAGUUUAUAUCCAAACAAUUUAAGCGACUCAGGAGAUAAUAUAAAUGUACAUAAUAAUGAUGAUAAAAAUGAUAGCAACAAAAAUAAUAAUAUUCAUAUAAAUAGUAAUAGUAAUAAUAAUAGUAAUGGUAAUAGUAAUAAUAAUAGUAAUAAUAAUAGUAAUAAUAAUAGUAUUAGUAAUUGUAUUAUUAGAUAUAAUAAUAAUUAUAAUGAAAAUUAUAAUAACGGUUCAUUAAAUACGAAAGAACAAAAAUUAGAAAUAUUUUUACAAUGUCAAAUAUAUAAUGGUAAUAAAUCAAGCAGGUGGAUUAUAGGAUUAUUAGAGAACACUUGUAUUUCUAUAUGUUUUGAACAUUAUCAAAUAUUUAGAAAAUAUUAUUUAUUUCAUAAUUUAAAUAUUAUAUCAAAUAUAGAGAGCUUACCUAUGCAUAUUAAAAUAAAGGUUUCUAAUAAUACCUUUUCUAAUUUGAAAAAAACAUUUAGAGAUUAUGAAAAUAUGUCAAGUAUAGUUAAGAAUGUUUCCAUUUUAUAUAUCCAUUUUCUGAAAUUAGCUUAUCGAAAUACAGUAAAAAAAAUAUUAAAACAUGAUACAAGUAAAAUAUUAUAUAAACAUAAAGAUAAAUGGAUUAAAAAGAAGAAAACUAAUAUAGGUAAAAAUAAUAAUAACAAUGAAUUAAGUACUAUAAGUCAAUGUAUAGGAUAUAAAAAUUGUUCUUAUAAUAAUAAUAAUAAUAAUAAUAAUAAUGAUAAUAAUGAAAAUGAUAUAAAAAAAAAUAAUUAUAUAUAUAAAAUUGAUAAAUGUGAUAUAAAAGAAUUUAAUGAAAUCUAUAAAAUUAUUAAGAAUAAAUAUCUUAAUUUUGCACCUAAAAAAUAUCAUAAAGAUGAUUUAUUUAAUAAUGUUGUUAAAAAUGUUGUUCUAAAUUGUUAUGAACUUCAAAUAUUACCAUGUCUUCAAAAAAAAGAUACCUUAUAUGCAUUAUAUUGGGAUAGUAUAUACGAUUGUAUUAAUAUAUAUCCAUUUUGUAAAUAUGUUAAUCACAUAACAUUCUUUUUAUUAGAUCUUGGACUAAAAGUUCUUUUACCUUAUUAUGAAAUAGAUAAUCUUAUACAUAUUCAUAAAUUAGUUAGGUCAUCAUUAAAUGAAACAAAACAUUUAAAUAACAAGAAUUUGAAAGAUAGUAAAACUCAAAUAAAUGAUCAUACAAAGAAUGGAUUUACUUUUUCAAAAGAUAUAUAUAAUAAUAACGCCUUUUGUUCAUCUAUUCAUAUGCUUAACAAUGAAAAUGUAAUUAGGAAUGUACCUAAUAUUAGUCCAUCUUAUUUAAGAAACAAAAUAAAAAAUCAUAUAUCAAUAUAUGUAUGUUUUGUAAAAGAAUGUUUAUGUGAAAUGAGAGGUUCUUCAGUUAUGUAUUUAUUUGAUUAUCUUUUUUCAGAUAUUAAAAAAAAUGAUUCAAAAGAUACCAUAAAAAAAAUAUAUAUAAAAAAUAUCCCUCUUUUUGCUAUCCUAAAUUGUGAUAUAUUAUAUUUGAAGGAGAAAAUACAAAGUUAUUUGUAUGAUAAAUUGGGAAGCAUAAAGAAGGACUAUCUUAUUAAAAAUGUGUUUGAACAGAAUGAAAGUAAAUAUGAAGAUAAUGGAAGUAAAUAUGAAGAUAAUGGAAGUAAAUAUGAAGAUAAUGGAAGUAAAUAUGAAGAUAAUGAAAAUAAAUAUGAAGAUAAUGAAAAUAAAUAUGAAGAUAAUGAAAAUAAAUAUGAAAAUAAUGUAAGUAAAUAUAAUAAAUCCUUUGAUCAAAAAAUUGAUGAAAUGGAUUAUUAUAAUGGAUAUACCAUAUAUACUAAAAAUAAUAACAGUAAUAAUAAUAAUAAUAUUGAUAUUAAUAACACUUAUAUUAUUAAUAAUAAGAAUUAUUUAAAUUAUGUUUUUGAUCCAAGAAAUAAUAGAAAUAUAUCAUUAUUUUGUGAUGAUUUCGUUAAAAUAAAAUUAAAUCAUUUUGAUACCGAAAACUUUUUAAAUUUUGAUAAUAUUCAUUUAAUUAAGUAUGAUGAAGAUCAAAAAAUAUAUUGUUCUAAAUAUUUCUAUAUGUUUGAUUUAAGUAAAGUUAUGUUUAUAAAUACACAUUUAUACUCUUCCUCCAUACUUUCCCUAUUAAUAGAAACAGAAUGUAUUUUAAAAUUGACCUUUACAAAUUUAAUCGAUAUUUUAGAAUAUAAUCUUUAUCCAAAUAUUUUUCAUUACUGUUCAACAUAUAAAAUCAAGAAUAAAGAAAAUAAUAAUAAAAUUAGUGAUACUGUUAAAAGUACAAAUGCUACAUUUUUAAAUGAUUUUGAUCAUAGUAACAUAACAAAGGAGGUGGAUGUAAAACAUAUUAAUACGUUAAAAAGUAACUUUAAUGAAAAUAUUAAUAAUGCAUAUGAUUACAAUAACAAAAUAGAAGAAGAAAUAGAAUAUUUAAAAAAAUUUUCCAUAUAUGAUAAUAUUAUGAAAAUACCAUAUGAUAUAAAUAUUAUUAUAUAUAAUAGGCUCUUAUUGGAUAUGGUAAAUAAUAUAUAUAAAGAAUACAGUGAUAUGAAUUUUUUAGAACAAUUGAAAGAUUUUCGUUUAUUAAUAACUAUUGAUACACUUAAUAAUAAUGAAAACCCAAGAUAUAUGUAUAUACAUAAUAUAAAUGAUAUAAAGAAUAUCAUAAAUAUAAAUUUCAUUGAUACACAUGUUGAGGAAGUGUUAUAUUCAAUAGGGUAUAAGAAAAUACAUAAUAGAUUAUCAAAUGAUAGUAUUUUUAACCAAUAUUUUUUAAAUAAUUAUGAAGAUAUAUUAUUAUCCUUAUAUAGAAAUAUGUCAAAUAUUAAUUGGUCCCAUUUAAACAAUACUCAUAUACAUACACUCCUUUUUGCUUUCUUAUCUAACAUUAAAUUUAAUAGUAAUAAUAUUUCAUAUUUGAAACCUUUACCCAUAUUUUAUUCAUUAAUUGAUUCUCAAUUUGUAAAUAUUAUUAGUAAGCAUAAAAACUAUAUUGUUAUUGGAACAAAUCAUGAAGAUUUAUUUUUGAGUAUUAUAACUCAAAUAUUUCAGAAGGAUAACCAUUAUAAUGAAGAUAAUAUGUUAUCUCAAGGUGAUAAUACAUAUCAACCUAUUAAAGAAAACUAUAUGAAUAAAUAUUACAUAAAUAAUAGUACAUCAACUGGUAAGAAUGUACAAGAUAGCAAUAACAUACCUGCUGUUUUAAGCAAUAUGAAUAUGGGAAAUCAAAAUGUAGAUGAAAUUAAGAAAAAUGAUAAUCAUAUGUACGAUAAUCAUUUUAAUUAUAAUAUUAUCUCAUCAAGAAUUCAGAAAAAUGAAAAAACAAAUUCAUAUAUUUUAAACUCUAAUGAAGAAAUAUAUUCAACAUUAAUAGAUAAUUCAUAUAAUAUAAUAACUAAUAUUAUGAAUAGUAAUUCUAAUAAUGAUAAUAUAUAUAAUAUCAUAACGCCAAAUAUUGAUGAACAUAAAUUGAACUCUAAAUAUAUUUUUCUCCAUCAUUCAAAUAUUAAUAUGGAUUAUUGGAAAUAUAUAAAUAUAAAAUACUGGUAUGAUUAUGAUAUUAUUUUGUAUUUCUUUUUAAAUCUUUUAAAAAAUUGUAACAAUGGUCACCUAUUUGAGAAUAUCAUACUUUUUAUAUAUAAGGAAUAUGAACGAAUAUAUAAAAAAAGGUUUGUUGAAAAUGAUACGAGUAGUAACCAAUUAAAUAAUAAGGAUAUUAUGAAUGAUACAAAUAAUAUGAAUGAUACAAAUAAUAUGAAUGAUACAAAUAAUAUGAAUAAUAUGAAUGAUACAAAUAAUAUGAAUAAUAUGAAUAAUAUGAAUAAUAUAAAUAAUAUGAAUAAUAUGAAUAAUAUAAAUAAUAUGAAUAAUAUAAAUAAUAUGAAUAAUAUGAAUAAUAUAAAUAAUAUGAAUAAUAUAAAGAAUUCCAUUCAUUCAGAAAUACCUUACACAGAUUUUUUAAUAAACAUUAUUUCUGAAUUAAAAGAAAUUCCUUUAAAAUUUAAAGGAAAUUUAAAAUGUUCUCAACUUUACAACCUUAAUAAUGAUGUGUAUAGAGAAUUUAUUUAUAUAAACAAAUUAUAUAAUUUUUCAAAGUUACAAAAUGUUCCCUAUGAACAGAAAUUUUUAGAGAGUCUAAAUUUUCAUUACAUACCUAACAUUAUGGAAAUAAAUAAUUUCCUCCUAAUUUUAAUUAAUAUAUUAAAACAAAAAGGUAAUAAUAUAAUAGAUAAAUCAGCUAUGGAAAUGAUUUUCAACAAUAUAAAUCUUGAUUUUAGUAGAUAUGAUACAAAUUAUGAGGAAGAACAUUUAAAUCGAAAGAUGUCAGUACUUUUAAAAUAUAUUAACGAAAAUCUGAAACACCUACUAUCACUGCAGGAUGAAAAUUUUACUUAUUUAAUAAAUUCUCUUAUAGGAUUAUUAAUGCAUGAUCAAAAGUUUGUAGAAAUAAUUAAAACUUACGAUAUUCUAAUUAUAUAUUAUACCCAAAGGGAUAAAGAAAUAGGAGAUAUUAUUAAUAACAGGAACAAAAGCAAAGAAAUAAAUGAAACUACUAAUGAUGGUGACAAGGAUUUUAUAAAUGUCAAAAGUGAAUAUAUGUAUGAAAAGAAACUAAAUAUAAAUGACAUUUUUAAAGAAUAA